AUGCCUGGCCAAUUCAUUGAUAGGCCCAAUCCACCAGCCUUAGCAAGCGCUCUCCCCGAGCAGACGCUUGACCUGGCGGCGAAGAUUAAGAGAAAACCGAUAGAAGAAGAUGAUUUGAAAUAUCUCAAGGAUUUCCAGCGAGCAGCAUGCUACAUCGCUGGUGCGAUGAUAUUUUUGGAAGACAACGUGCUACUGGAAGAAGAUCUUAGUUUUGAUCACAUCAAGCCCCGACUUCUUGGACACUGGGGCACAUGUCCGGGCCUUAUUCUUGUCUGGUCUCAUUUGAACUUGCUUAUUCGAAAUCAUGGCAUGGAUAUGAUUUACGUUAUUGGCCCAGGACAUGGUGCUCCCGCGGCGCUGGCAGCUCUCUGGUUAGAGGGCUCUCUUGAGAGAUUCUACCCCAAGCGUUAUCCCGUUAACAAAGAGGGUCUAAGAAAUCUCAUCAGCGGCUUUUCUACUCCUUCGGGCUUUCCGAGCCAUAUCAAUUCCGAGGUCCCUGGCGCGAUACAUGAAGGUGGCGAGCUUGGAUACGCUCUCGCUGUUUCAUUUGGUGCUGUCAUGGACCAUCCGGAUUUAAUUGUCACUUGUGUGGUUGGCGACGGUGAAGCUGAGAGUGGUCCAACCGCCGCGGCAUGGCAUUCAAUCAAGUUUCUUGAUCCCGCGGAGUCCGGGGCAGUCAUUCCCAUUCUUCAUGUCAACGGCUUCAAGAUCAGUGAACGGACCAUUUUUGGAUGCAUGGAUGACAAGGAACUCGUCGCGCUCUUUUCGGGUUAUGGUUACCAGGUUUAUAUUGUCGAAGACCUUGAUAACAUCGAUAGAGAGCUUUCCAACGCUCUCGAGUGGGCCGUCUGCGAGAUCAAGACCUUCCAAAGAGCGGCGAGAGGUGGAAAACCCAUCAUCAAGCCACGUUGGCCCAUGUUGAUUCUACGCACACCCAAAGGUUGGACAGGCCCUCAAAAGGUUGACGGCGCUUUCAUCGAGGGAUCCUUCAAGUCGCAUCAAAUCCCUAUUCCGAAACCGAAGGAGAAUGAGGAACAUUUGAAGCUCCUCCAAGAUUGGCUGUCAAGCUACGAUGCCAAAAAGUUAAUUCAGGAUGGCAAACCUAUCGACACCAUUCUCAACAUUCUGCCCCAUGACAUGUCAAAACGCCUUGGGCAAUUCCAAAUGGCAUAUGAUUCCCAUCUACCCCUCGAUCUACCCAAUUGGAAGACUUUUGCCGUCAAAAAACACGAACAUGCGAGCGCCAUGCAGGAGACAGGCAAAUUCCUCGAUCAAGUGGCCCAGCUCAACCCAAAGACUUUCAGAGUCUUCUCCCCCGACGAGCUGGAGAGUAAUAAGCUCAGCGCAAUUUUAUCUCACAGCGGGCGCAACUUCCAAUGGGACCAAUACUCACGCGCCAAGGGGGGCCGAGUUAUUGAGAUCCUCUCAGAGCACUGCUGCCAAGGUUUCAUGCAGGGUUACACCCUCACCGGCCGUACCGCUCUCUUCCCGAGCUAUGAGUCUUUUCUCGGUAUUGUGCACACGAUGAUGGUUCAAUACUGCAAGUUCAGCAAAUUGGCACGUCAAACCGAUUGGCGCCGUGACAUUAGCUCCAUCAAUUACAUAGAAACAAGCACGUGGGCUCGUCAGGAGCACAACGGCUUCUCACACCAGAAUCCCUCGUUCAUCGGUGCGGUUCUCAAUAUCAAGGGGGAGGCGGGUCGAGUCUAUCUUCCUCCAGAUGCGAACUGUUUCUUGAGCACUGUGGAUCACUGCCUCAAGUCAAAGAAUUUCGUGAACCUCAUGAUAGGGUCCAAGCAGCCCACAGCAGCUUACCUGUCUGCCGACGAAGCAGCAGAGCAUUGUCGCAGAGGCGCCUCGAUCUGGAGCUUUGCAUCCAAUGAGCAGAAGGGAGAGAAGCCUGAUGUUAUCCUGGCCGGCAUAGGUGUUGAGGUGACGUUUGAAACGGUAAAGGCAGCUCACCUCCUUCGCGAGCUCGCCCCCAGCCUGAGUGUGCGCGUCAUCAAUGUUACGGAUCUCAUGGUGCUCGCUUUAGAGUCUCGACAUCCCCAUGCACAGACACACUCUGAGUUUAUUCAAAUGUUUACGGAGGAUCGACCGAUUUGUUUCAAUUACCACGGAUAUGCUACCGAAUUGCAAGGUCUGCUCUUCGGAAGGCCGAGAUUGGAGCGCAUGUCUGUGGAAGGUUAUAAAGAAGAGGGAAGUACCACUACUCCCUUCGACAUGAUGAUGGUAAACAAAGUAAGCCGUUAUGAUCUUGCUUCGAGAGCUAUCCGAGCCGCGAGAGGAAUGGCCGUCGGGGACGAAAAGUUGAAGGAUGUGUUUGAUCAAGCGCUGGCGACAAUUGAAGAGAGAAUGACAGAGGUUAAACGCUACAUUCAGGAAAAUAGCAAAGAUCCAGAUGAUAUUUACAGCAUGCCCGAGUUUGAAGCAGGGGGUUGA